UGUGCCUCCUCCAUCCAGGGGCUGCUGCCGGAAUUGCAGAGCCUGCACCGCUCGGCGCUGGAACAACUUUGCAAAGGGGAAAGUCAGAGCUUCCAGAAGGAAGGAAGAGAGGGAGGGAUCGGUCCCUUUUGGCAAUUCCCCCCACCGACCCCACGCCCACCCGCGGCAUGGCAAGCCCCCCUUUUCUCAGCCUGGCACAGGGACCCUUUAAGGGGAGGGGGCAGCGCCUGGAAGGCUUGGCCAGGGGAUGACUCGGGAUUGGGCCGCUGGGACAGCCGCCAGAAGAAAAGCACAUCUUGAGAGCUUCCAAAACAAAAACAAACUCAACUCCUACCAACUUUGCGCAGAUUUUUUGCAGAGUGAGUGAGUACCCCUCCCAAUCCGGUCCCUUUGCCCCCCGCCCCCCAUCCGUGCUCCGGGCGUGGAGUGAACUAGGAUGGUGGUGCACAACGCCGGGGCUGGCUUGCUGCUGAACUGUCUCCUCCUCCUGCUGGCUGGAGCGAAGCAGAGCCGGGUUCCUGCUGCAACCAGCUGCGAGCUCCACAGGAAACAAACUGAGCUGAACUCCUUCCUGUGGACUAUAAAGAGAGAUCCGCCAUCUUACUUUUUUGGUACCAUUCAUGUCCCAUAUACUCGGGUUUGGGAUUAUAUCCCUGACAAUUCCAAGAGAGCCUUCCAGCAGAGCCAUAUUGUCUACUUUGAGUUGGACCUCACUGAUCCUUAUACAAUCUCUGCUCUGACCAGUUGCCAGCUCCUGCCACAGGGUGAGAACCUUCAGGAUGUGCUCCCCAGGGACAUCUACCGUCGGCUCAAGCGCCACUUGGAAUAUGUCAAGCUCAUGAUGCCUUCCUGGAUGACUCCAGACCAACGGGGCAAAGGACUAUAUGCUGACUAUCUCUUCAAUGCUAUCGCAGGAAACUGGGAGAGGAAAAGACCAGUAUGGGUCAUGCUGAUGGUGAAUUCUCUAACUGAGGUGGACAUCAAGUCACGUGGUGUACCUGUCUUGGAUCUCUACCUUGCUCAGGAAGCUGAACGCCUUCGAAAGCAAACUGGAGCAGUGGAAAAAGUAGAGGAACAGUGCCAUCCAUUGAAUGGUCUCAAUUUUUCUCAGGUGAUCUUUGCUUUGAAUCAGACUCUUUUGCAGCAGGAGAAUCUCCGAGCAGGCAGCCUGCAGAUCCCCUAUACAACAGAGGACCUUAUCAAGCAUUACAACUGUGGAGACCUCAACUCCAUCAUCUUCAAUCAUGACACUUCUCAAGUCCCAAAUUUCAUCAAUUCCACUCUGCCACCUCAUGAACGCAUCACUGCUCAGGAGAUUGACAACUACUUCCGCAAAGAGCUUAUCUACAAGCGGAAUGAGCGGAUGGGCAAGAGAGUGAAAGAUCUACUAGAAGAGUAUCCUGACAAAAGUUUCUUCUUUGCAUUUGGAGCUGGUCACUUCAUGGGCAACAAUACAGUGAUAGAUGUUUUGAGGAGAAAAGGAUAUGAAGUAGAUCAUACUCCUGCUGGACAUUCCAUCAACAGUGGGAAGAAUCAGAAGGUGCUGUCUGCCUUCUCAUCGUCUUCUCCAGAAUAUGCCUCCUACAUCAUAUCCCAGGAGCUCCCCUCUCCCCAGCAAAACCGACAGAAAGAGGGGGAGGGAGAGGAGGAGCUGCUGCCCCAUUUGCUUCUGCCAGAAAGCAUUGACCUGUUGGAGAAAGUGGACAGGAAGUACAAAAAGAAGAAAAAGAAGCAGCAGAAGAGGCAGCGCUUGCGCCAGUUCAAUGACCUCUGGGUACGCAUCGAGGAAAGUACCACUGAUCCACCUCCUCGGAUUCGCAUAAUUAAUGGAUACAUUACUGUAGAACCUCAGCCACGGGGACAUGGGCGAUCCAGUCACAUCCAGACAGACACCAGCUGCUCCAAUGGGCUAUUUGUGUUCUUCUCUGCCUUCACAUUGACGCUGAUGUUGUCUCCAGUGAUAAUGCUGAUGCUGGAGUGAACCUUCCAUGUAGAACUGCGUACUUUUCUUUUAAAGGAUCUGGGGGAAAUGAGGAAAUAACUUUUUUGAAUGACAGAUCAUCUAAGUGGAUUUUUGUGGCCUCAUCCUUUUCCUGAAUCUGGACCAUUAACAUGAUUAACUGGUUUGACCAGGCCGAAUACAGGAGAAGAUGUUUUUAAUGAAAGCCAUUAUUUAUCCUUCUCUUGCAGAAGAAUUCUUUCAUGUUAUCCCAUGAUGAUUUUGGGAGAAGUAUAUGUAACAUAGCUGUUAUUUAGCUGUAUGAAACUGACUUAAAUACAAUUUGUUUUGGGGUUUGUUUGUUGUUUCUA